AUGGUGCAUUUCACUGCUGAGGAGAAGGCUGCCAUUGCUAGCCUGUGGGCCAAGGUGAACGUGGAGGUGGCCAGAGGUGAGAGCCUGGGAAGACUCCUGGUCGUCUACCCAUGGACCCAGCGUUUCUUUGACAAUUUUGGUAACUUAUACUCUGAGUCUGCAAUAAUAGGCAACCCCAAGGUCCAGGCCCAUGGCGAGAAGGUGCUGACCUCCUUUGGAAAUGCUGUUAAGCACAUGGAAGACUUCAAGGGCACUUUUGCUAAGCUGAGUGAGUUGCACUGUGACAAGUUGCAUGUGGAUCCUGAGAACUUCAGGCUCCUAGGCAACAUGAUAUCAAUUGUCUUGGCAACCCACUUCAACAAGGAAUUUACCCCACAGAUGCAGGCUGCCUGGCAGAAGCUGACGGAUGCUGUGGCUAAUGCUCUGGCCCACAGGUACCACUAGUUGACUGGCCAGCUAUGUUGGUGCCUGUGUCCCAAGAGUCCAUCUCCUGAAGACUGGAGACA